AUGACUUGGGUUUCCCAUGCCACCCCCGAGGUGGACGCCAUCUCGCAGUGGCGGACCAUUGUCGCCGUUUGCGUCGUCCUGACCGUCAUCUCCUUUGCCGUCGUCGGCUUCCGCCUGUGGCUGAGCUUCCGCGGCCGCGGCCUCAUGGCCGACGACUACGUCGCCGCCGCCUCCUUCGUCCUCGCCUUCAUAUACUCGAUCCUCACCAUUAUCCAGACAAAGUACGGCCUGGGCCUGCCCAUCAAGCUGCGCUCCAAGGACUUUGGCGACGCCUCGACGUACAAAAAGGUCAAUUUCGCCGGCCGCCCGAUAUACCAGUUCGGCGUCAGCCUCUUCAAGGUGGCGCUGCUGAUUAGCUACCUCCGCCUGCUGCAGGCCACGAGCAAGCGCAACUAUCGCAUCCUCAUCUGGGUCACCAUUGUCGCCGUGCUGCUCGGGCACCUGGGCAGCGCCUUUGCCCUCAUCUUUGCCUGCAAGCCCGUCAACUUUUCGUGGGACCUCAAGGUCAGCGACCCGCACCCGACGUGCGUCAACCUGUCGCAGACGUCCCUCAUCUACUCCCUCAUCACCAUCAUCUCGGACGUCCUCGUCGCCGUGCUGCCGAUCCCCGUCCUCCUGACGCUCAAGAUCCCCAACGCCAAGAAGGCCGGUCUCGUCGGCGUCUUCCUGCUCGGUCUCUUCACCACCAUCUGCUCCAUCCUGCGUCUCAUUCAGCUGAACCGCAUUUCCUUUGGAGACGGCAACUCGACCAUGCUGGUCCUCUGGGGUGUCAUUGAGUUCAACGUCGGUAACAUGGUUACCUCGCUUCCGUUCCUCGCCCCCGUCUUUAUCAAAAAGGCCAAGGAUCUCAGCUACAGACGCUACAAGACCAACAGCCGCGAGACCGAAGCGUCCAAGAACUCGCGACUGUCGAGACCGGGCGCCGGCAGAGACAUCUACCACCUGGACGACGUCAAGCACCCCAACCACAAGAGCACCGUGGUCGGAUCCAGCCAAUCCUCGGGCAGCGCUGAAAACAUCCUUCCCAAAGAAGGCAUCGUCAAGUCGGUGGAAUAUUCCGUUUCUGUGGACAAGCCACACUCGGAGCAACAAAACACGCCAUGGCACCCGGUAUAA